UUGAGCUUCUCUCAUGUAAAAACGAAAAACAGCUAUACUGUUGUUUAAAGUGCAGUCGGCAAGUAAUAACUGUGAAAAAUAUAGUUGUACGUAUUCACUUUACGGCACCAGCAAAAAUGUAGAUGAGAUUGAAAAGAGACAACCUGUAAAAAAAUUGUGAAGGCUAGCAGUUCAAGAUUGGGAUGAUGAACAUACACUUUUUCCGAUAAUUGCGAAUAAAAUUGAUUUUGUUUGAUUGUCAAUGAUCGUGUCUACGCUUUUCAUGUCGCCGGCAAAAUGUGUUUUGCAGUUUUCAAAAGAAUUUGCAGCUGGGGGCCGCUCGUUGCUCUCGCCAUAAUCAAGUUAAUUACUUCAAUGACCCUACACUGCUGCAGAAAUAAAUUAGUCUCAAAUGGAAUAGGUGUUACAGACCCAAGUUUUAUUGCAUUCAUGAUUUUCAGUGGUUUGACGUUAUAUCAUUUUAUCAACUCUGUUUAUGAAGGACCAGGUUAUCUACCAUACAAAUGGAUGCCAGAAAAUUUUAAUGAUGUUAAAUAUCUGCAAGCUUGCAACUUUUGCAAUGGAUACAAGGCUCCUAGAUCUCAUCAUUGCAGAAGAUGCAAUCGCUGCAUAUUAAAAAUGGAUCAUCAUUGUCCAUGGAUAAAUAAUUGCGUUGGUCACAAAAAUCAUGGAUAUUUUACUGCUUUUUUGGCUAGUGCAGUGGUUGGUUGUUGCAUCUCAACUUACAUACUAAUCAAUUGGAUGAUAACUUUACUCUAUAUGAGACAAAGGUUUCCAUAUCAAUUUCCAUCUGUAUUGGUUUUAUUUUUAGUAAUCACUAGCAUUGGAUUUUCUAUUGGAGUAGUUGUUGCAGUGGGAAUGCUUUUAUAUUUUCAAAUAUCAUCUAUAGUUAAAAAUCAAACUGGAAUUGAAAGUUGGAUUUUAGAAAAAGCUAAUUAUCGUAGAUCCACUACGGCUGAAGAAAUAUUUGUAAAUCCAUAUUCUAAAGGCUGGCUUUUCAACAUUAAGCAAGUGGUUUCUUGGCAUUGUAACGCUCCAGGAAAUGGAAUUGACUGGCCUGUUGCUGAAGGCUGUGAUCAAUAUACUUUAACUCGAGAACAAUUAGCUCAAAAGUAUGAAAAACGGAAACGUGCGAGAAAAUACAGAGUUAUAAAGAAAGCUACUGGAUCAUGGUGUCCAAUUAGUCAUGGUUUCAAAACCUUAUGUUCGCCACCAAUUACAGAUGAGGCUAGAAUUAAGCUUGAUGUAGGAGAUUUAGUUAUAGUAACUCGAUGGCGAAAUAAGUGGUUGUUUGGGGAAAAAGAAGGUGUCAAAGCAGUUGUUGAUGGCAAAGAUAAUCGAGUUCGAGGCUGGUUUCCGCGAGCUUGUGCCAUACCAUUGACCGAAAGACCAGAAGAUAAUGACAAUGACGCAUCAAACAUGCAUAACUGUGCAUCAGAUGAUGAAGUGAAGUACUUGAGCCAAAACACAUCGAGCUUAUCGAAAUCAACCGAGACAGACCCAGUUUCUCAUCAUUCAAAGAAGAGAAAAAAAGAUAAAUGAUACCUGAAUUGGUUUAAAAGAAAACAAUUAGAAGAAGUCAAUGGAAAAGAAGGUGUACUCAUGUAAUUCCGAAUAAUUUUUCGAAAUGGCACGUUCGCUAUAGUGAAAAUAUUAAACAAGGUACAACUAAACUGAAAUAAUAUUUUGUGUAGAAUAGAUAAGCUAUAAGAAUUAAAUGAAAGAAGCGAAUCGCGCGAUUAACUUUUUAAUUUACGUAUAAAUCAGCGAGUCAUUUAAAGUAAUUUAAAUUAUUUAUAAAUAAGUAUUUCCCGCAUAAAUAUCAAAGUCGAUCCCGCAACGUAUAAAAAGCAAAGGCCAAAAAAAGAUCAGCUUAGCUUUCGUAUGGCCAGCUUCGAUUUAAUGCACAAUUGACCAAAGGCUUUUUCUCUCUUUGGCGCGCGCGUACACGUACGUUUCAAUUGUGUGUGCUCUUGCGCGCGUGCAUAUGCAAUGUGUAUAAUAUCGGUCGGUGACCUACUUGCAUAUUAUCCUCGACGGGCCAACGGCUCUCUGUUCACUCGUGCACCGCUGCCUUUCAUCGCUAUUAAGCAUUCACACCUCUGAAAGAGUAGCAGCAGCAGCAGCAGCAGCCUAGCUAGGCGUACGUAUAACACGUAUACGUAUACACGCGUCCGUGGCGAACAAUUUCUCUCAUCAGUUUUGUCGCGCGCGAGCAUGGCAGCGGGCUGCGGGCUGACAAUUUCGCUGAUUUACCUUGUAUGCGCUUUUUGAAGAUUCUCCGCGCGCGGGCCUCUGCCGAUAUUCGCGAAUCACUUCACGUAUUAUCGAAGCAGCGGCACGCAUCGCGCGAAGCACAAUUAGGGGUCGAUUAUUGUGCCACACCCUGGCCGCGUCGAUCGUACAUUCGACGAGAAUCAUUCAUCGGUGCGGGCUCGAAAUACAAAUUUCAACUUCCAUCUUUCAACUAUUUUCCAUUUUUUUGUACAAUUAUUUACUUAGACAACGGCUCGAGUUCGGAGUAUCGAAUAAGUUUCGAAUAGAUGCGUUGGUUGUACGACAACUCGUGCAUGUAAGGGAUGUCGAGCGAAAACGAUACAAGCUUUCGCAGAUACGUAUCGCUCGUUUCCGGUCAUAUGUAUCGGUACAACUUCGAAUGCGUCGCAUUCAACAGUCUUAGAGCGCGCUGAUAAACUUCUGUAAGACCUUAAAUAAGUUUUCGCUCGCGAGACAACUUUCCAUAACAGGCAGUAAGCAUGACCUUAUUUUCUUUCGCUUCCAUUUUUGCCGAGGAUUCGUUCGCGCCGAGGUAUAUAUACUUAAAUAGACACGAGUAAAUGCAAUCGUUUACUCGAAGCGUUCUUUUUGUAACUUUCUUUGGAAAAAGAAGCGUUUCUGAAGGAUCUCGUUUGCAUGGCAAAAGUUAAUUUUUUCAUUCCAAGUUUAUUUUACGCGUCAAAAUUAAAUUUUUAAUGGCAGAUGAUCGAUCAUCCAUAAUCCUGCGAAUUUAACAUGCGCAUUUUCUUAUUAAGAUUCGACUGAAUGAAACAUUUAUCACGAAGCAUUUAAUAUUAUUUUUAAAGCAUUCGUACAAAUAAAAGGAGUUGUAUAAUUCUAUGAUACUUUUUUAUUUCCAGUUAUAAAUUUAUAUUAUUUUUAUAUUUUAAUUUAAUAUUUAUUAAUUAAAUUAAGUCAAUUGUUCAAAUACUGUACUUGAGUGAUAGAACUGAAAAAAAUCCGAAUAAUUUAUGUUAUAUCUUGAUCCAAGAUGAAGGACCAUUAGAAAUUCAGUCAUAUAAUGAUAUUAACCGUCGAACAAAGUCAAGUGUAGUCAUGUAUAAUCGACGUUAAAAAUUUGUAUCCAUGUAAAAAUAAAAAAAAUGAAUGUUGAAAUAAUACUUAUUAUAAAAAAC